CCUCACCUUUAUCUCUGCCUCCAUCUCUCUUUCUUGUUCCAUCUAAACAUUUCUCUAUUACAGAUGAACAAGUUCAAUUUCCAUUUAUAUUAAUCCAGUUAACGCUGGUUAAUAAUCUCUAUCACAUUUAUCAAGUUUAUCUAAUUCCCAUUAUACGAUGCAUCUCCUCUUUGGUGAUUCCAUUCUUAUCAAUUUUUCCAUUUUAAUCCAAUUCACAACAACUGGUUCCUCGUUGACGUUUCUUGCAAAACACUGCGACCCUCACAAAUAUGAGCCAGUUGCACAAAGGUCUGAAUUUUGAUCGCGUGACUGUGGGAAAGCUGAAGCAGUCGUAAGAGUGCAACACAGCCCUUUUUUUCAGUGCUGUUGUAACUAGAACAACAUUGCUAUAAGUCAAGGACUAACUAUGCUAUGCUAUGCUAUGCUAAUACAAUACGCUAUACACUAGAUGUUAUACGUUGUAUACACUAUAUGAUAUGCUAUAUUAUAGGUGGCUCGGAUAAGACGCUGAGCUUGUCGAUCAGAAGGGUUGGCAUUCGGCGGUUCGAAUCCCUAGCGUCAGAGUCAGGUUUCCCCAUUUGGAUACCCCAAGGAGCCUGUGGAAUUGGAAGAAGAGAGGAACCUCUGAAGAAUUCAGGAUGGGCGAAGUGGAGAUCUCGCCUCGUGCGUACGUCAAGAUGUGCCUCCAUGCGGCUCGGUACCCCCACGUGGCGGUGAAUGGACUUCUCCUGGCUCCAAAGCGCCGGCCGACGGCUGGGGCCCCCGAAUGCCUCUACAUCACAGACUGCGUCCCCCUUUUCCACAGCAACCUGUCGCUCACCGUGAUGCUGGAGGUGGCCCUUAACCAGGUGGAUUCCUGGAGCUCAGAGUCCGAUUUACUCCUUGCUGGCUAUUACCAGGCCAACUCUGGGAUGGAUGACAAAAGCCCUAACUCCCUGGCGCAAAAGACGGCCGGGCGCAUCGCCGAACUUUACGAUGAUGCGGUGCUGAUUAUGGGUCAUGUGGACGGAUUGGGAAUCUUCCCGCCACAUUUGUCAGUCUCUCCUGGAGGCCAAAGUCUACUCCCGAUUGGUCGACUUCGACAGCCACCUGGACGACAUCCGGCAAGACUGGACCAAUCAGCAGCUGAACGCGGAGAUCGCCCAAUUAGUGUCCGUCGCCAAUGGCAGCGCGUGAAGGAGUCCACGCCCGCUUGUCAAAGGAUCUGAACUCUUGGUUCCCUAGCCUUUAGGAGCAUCCGGGAUGCCAGACUAGCCAGGAUAGAAGCCGGGAUCACGUGAUUUUGAGACUCCGCCCCUUUUAACGGCAAGGCAGCCAUCUUGAUUAGCUCUUCCCGCCACCACAGACGCCUCUCUUGAAAAGGAUGAAUUUGCGUUGAAAUUUGGUGGGUUUUUUUCUUGGUUAAAAAAGCAGGAAUUUCUCUCUCCCCCCCCCCAUUUUAUCCAAAUACUGGUAGUCCUCGACUUACGACCACAAUCGAGCCCCAAAUCUCUUCUUCGGUGUGACGUUUCUCGCGUUUUGCCCCGUUUUACGAUCUUUCUUGCCGCCGCCGCGAAGCGAAUCACUGCGGUUGAUCAGUUCGUAGCCCGGUCGUUAACCGAAUCUGGCUUCCCCUCCCCCACUUUGACUUUGCUCGUCGGAAAGUCGUGAAAGGGGAUCCCCCGGAACACCGUGACGGUCGUAAGUAUGAGUCAGUUGCCGUGCAUCCACAUUUUGAUGCUGUGAGCCCGGCCAUGCGGCCAAUGUUAUACACAAAAAAAACCAUCAAUUACUUUUUCCGGUGCUGCGAUAACUCUGAACCGUCACUAAACAAACCACCGUAAGUCGAGGACUACCUGUGAUUUGAGAAGAUUGACUCCACUUUACGGCGUUCAGAUUUUAUAUUUGUAAAAUAUAAAUAUAUCAGCCAGCGGGAAAAACCCGACCGCGUUUCUUAGUUUAAGGACCCGAAUUAAACGUUCCACUCGG